AUGUCCACACUUGGGCCUCGACUGCACGCGAUCGCGCUGAAAGCUUUAGAGUUCCCGCGAAUUCUCUCCCCAAGCUUUACGAAAGAUGUGUGCGUGGCCUCGGUGUACAAUUCCGAGACAUCGAGAGAGUAUCGAGAGCUCGUCUUGUGGCUGGAAAAUACCAAAAUACGCAAACUCAAACGCGAGGGAGGGGAGAGAGAAAAAUUGCUCAGCGAGACUCUGGAGGACGAGGCGUGGUCGAAAAAUUACGAGGCGUAUUUGAAGGCGUGCGAAUGCGACGAGACGCACUUGAGGUGCGCGGAGAGUAAGAUUGAUUUUUUAAUCAACUUGGCGUUAGCGGAGGAGUAUCGGGAUAGAUUUGAUAUCGCGGAGGAGGAGGAGGAAAAGGAGGAGGAGGAGGAGGAGGGAGAGGAUGCUGCUGCUGAUGAUAAUGAGCGAGAACAAGAGAGAGCGAGAACGCCGACGGAGAAGAUGCGAGGGAUGGGGAUCGAUAAAGACGAUGGUGGUGAAAAUACGAGAGAGGAUGUGAUGAUAGACGCAAACGUAGAGAACGUCGGGAGCGCGGAAAAGAGGACGAAAGUGGAAAACGAGAAAGGCUUCGCGUAUUCCCGGUUUAAACCGAAAGAAGGAGAAACCGAAGGCGAAGGGAAAGGGAGAAGAACGGACGCGGUUUUGCCGUUAGACUCUCCGCUCUUGGCGGAUUUACGAGACGUUCAAGAUGUUAUGGACGAUGAAGAGACGUACGAUGCGUUGAUGAAAGUUUUGAAUACGUUUGAUGUCGUUCCUGCGUUUGAAACGAACCGACCGACGGUGGACGCGCGGCUCGUUCGAUUAGCGACGAAGACUCUGGAGAGAUUCGUGGUACCGUUCCAAGAAGAAGAAGUUGAGGAGGAGAAGGAGGAGGAGGCAGAGAACGACGAUAUGGAGAACGAUGAGCCAUCCUGGAAACUGGAUUUGAAACUGAGCGACGAGGACUACGUUUUGCGCGAUUCGGGAGUUCCCAUGAAAAAUCCAAAAGUCAAGCGAAUGGUGGACGCUUUGCGCGUGCUUUACGUGAACCAACUGAGAGUCACGCAAGACUGCGCCGACGACAUUUUGCUUCAAGUGCAAUCGAGAGUCGCUGAUCCUCGAACCGAUGCGAAACAAGGCAGAGUCGGUCGAUAA